AUGCCUUCUUCUCCGCUGCAUCGUCCCCCCGGGGCUUCAUCGCCACUGAACGAAGGUGGCUGGCGGCGUUCGCAGUUCACGUAUCGCCAAUUCUCGCAGCUUGCCUCGUCCAACACUUCGAAUCCGCUGCGCGUCAUCGCCCAUAUUGAUCUUGAUGCUUUCUAUGCGCAAUGCGAAAUGGUUCGGCUUGGGAUCCCUGAGGACAAGCCGUUGGCUGUUCAGCAAUGGCAAGGGCUUAUCGCGAUCAACUAUCCUGCUCGGGAGUGUGGCAUUGGACGUCAUUGUAAUGUUGAGGAAGCAAAGAAGCUAUGUCCUGAGCUUAUUGCACAGCAUGUUGCCACAUGGAGGGAAGGAGAUGACAAGUGGGCAUAUCGUGAGGAUGCUGCUGCCAAUAUCGUGACGGAUAAAGUUUCUCUUGACCCUUACCGACUCCAGUCUAGAAAGAUCUUGGCUUGUAUCAAGGAUGCUUUGCCAGUCGACGUUCAGAAAGUGGAAAAGGCAAGUAUAGAUGAAGUCUUCCUUGACCUUUCAAGCCAGGUCUAUUCAAUCCUUCUGGAGCGCUUUCCAGAACUCUCGAACCCGCCUCCCUACGAUGAUCCCACUGAGAAGCUUCCGCUGCCUUCCAUCGCUGCGCUCGACUGGCAAUCGGAUGCUUUGAUCGACUUGGAUGAGGAACAAGAAACAAUAGAUCCAGAUUGGGAUGACGUGGCUAUUCUCAUCGGCUCUGAGAUUGUCCGCAAAGUGAGGUCCGAGGUGCGACAAAAGUUGGGCUAUACAUGUUCAGCGGGCGUAGCCAGUAACAAGCUCCUCAGCAAGUUAGGCUCGGCUUAUAAGAAACCCAACAAGCAGACCGUUGUCCGCAACAGGGCAGUGUCUGCUUUCAUGGCCGGAUUCAAGGUUACGAAGCUUCGGAACUUGGGAGGAAAGCUUGGAGAGCAGAUUGUAUCGAUAUUCAACAUGGAGAGUGUUACCGAGCUGUUAGAGGUACCAUUGCCAACCAUGAAGGCGAAACUGGGCAACGAUACAGGCUUUUGGAUCUUCAAUACUAUCCGAGGCAUUGAUAUGAGCGAGGUCAACUCAAGAACUCAAAUCAAAUCGAUGCUCUCAGCUAAAUCCUUUCGUCCUACUAUCAACUCCACCGAGCAAGCAAUACGAUGGCUGCGAAUCUUUGCAGCUGAUAUAUUUUCGCGACUCGUUGAAGAGGGCGUCUUGGAGAACAGGAGACGGCCCAAAACCAUGAAUCUGCACCAUCGUCACGAAGGACAAGUGCGAUCGCGGCAGGUCCCCAUUCACCAAGGGCGGACUCUGGAUGAGGAGAGUCUCUUCGAUCUGGCCAAGGACCUUCUUACACAAAUCAUUGCAGAAGGAAGAGGCAUAUGGCCCUGUGCUAAUCUCAGCCUGAGUGUAGGAGGUUUCGAAGAUGGCAUCAGAGGCAAUAUGGGCAUUGGGGCGUUUCUUGUCAAAGGAGAAGAGGCAGAAGCGCUUCGUUUGUCCACUAUGGAGAGCCGUCCAUCUUCCACUGGACCCGAACUCUCCGCAAAAAAGCGCCGCGCAGAGGAUGGUGGCAUCCAAAGGUUCUUUUCCAAGAGGUCAUCCAAUGAACGCGACGUGAGUCUCUCAAACGAAUUACGUACUUCCAAUGAAAGUACCGGCGCUGCACAUACGCUAUCACAAGACGCCAAAAAGAGCCUCAGUUUUGCUACUAAGUCAGAAUAUGAGGCCCGCCAUGAAUCUGACCUCAAUUCGCAUCAAUCAAACGCAUCAUGGCCGCAUGCGAGCGCUCACAGUAACGAAACAGACCAGAAUAGGCAACUUUCGAUCGAUCCUCUUACAUGCUCUCGCUGCGAGGCCAGCUUUAAUGACCCGGAAGCGCUACAGAGUCACGGGGAUUGGCACAUGGCCAAAGAUCUCCAGGAUGAGGAACGUGUCAAGCCUACAUUCGCUGAACGGCAAUCUACUGCACGCAGCUCUGCACCAAAGACGCAGGGAAGUGUAUCGAGACGCGGCCGAGGUGGUAAACUUGAGCAAGGCCAAAGUCGACUCAAAUUUGGCUGA